AUGGCAGGUCUGAAAGACGAAGAAUGCAGAACGAAAUUCCGCCAACGUGUGUCUACUCAUGUUGGAGUAUGGAACAGGAAGAAGAUUGGCGAUGCAGAUUCCUUCACAAAGUGCGUCAAGGACGCUGCAUGGGAAGCACCCCGGUUCUACUGCGGCGCAAUAAGUUCUCCUUCGUAUCUGCGGAAACAAAAUCUAUGUAUAAUUCUGCAUGCUCCGCCUGCAGCACUGAUGAUUUCACUCAAAAACUCAAAAGCAGCAAAAGCGUCUGAGAAGGAAUUUGCGUCGUCGAUGCAACAAGACCGCGAUAACGAUUGGGCGUUAAGGGCGAAGGAGUUUGAAAAGGCGUGGGAGGCCAAGAUCCCGCGGAAAAUCUGCUUUACUAAAACUGUAAAUAAGAAGAUGUUCUCCAGUCCUCAACACUGCCAAUAG